AUGCUUCGAAAAAUAGUGAAAAAAGUUGCUGAAGACUUUGACGACAAAAUCGAUAAUUUGAAUGAAAGUGAUGCUCCAAUUGUGACACCAAGAUUACGCACCAGGUUAGCAAGCCAAGAUAUAGCUGCGUCUUGGGCUCUACGUGCGUAUGCGAUUUCAACUCCGACUGGUGGAUUGUCGACGAAAUUGGCUACUAAUUUUGUAGCCACUGGCAGAAAAUCUGCGUUUGUUUAUUCUGAUGCUGCUCUUCUGCUACUGUACUUCAACGAUGGGUCAUUUGCUCUCGUAAAUGGCAGGAUGUUGCGAGACUCGUGUAUUGGUAUAACAAUGUCAGGUCUGUAUUCCUCUGCCGUCGAUCUAUUUGCGGAUGAAAACCUGUCGUCGUCCCUGUUGCAUUGCUUUGACUCUGUCUAUGCUGCCUUCAGUUACAUGUUGCUUUGUCGUCGAUCAAAUCACGCUACUCUGUUGCUGCGUUCGCUUGUCAUUCGCUAUCCGUUGCAGUCAUCGAUCGAGUUGGAAGAUCCAGUAUACUCUCCUGAGGGUGCAAUGGAAGAAGAAUUACAUUCUCCUAUAGAUAAAGCAAUGGAAGAAACAACCGCGCCGUUGCUAGAGUACACAGAAACAUUGCAGAUUUCCUACAGUCCAGACGUGGAACACUUCGAGGACGUAAAAGAAUGCCGCUGCGACGAGAUUUGUAAAGAGACCAUCGAAUCAUUGAAGCACAGCAGCUGGCGUGGAGAUAUACGCAGAAGGAAGAACUAA